UCUCACCUUCUCUCUUCGCCGCUUUCUCACAAGUCACAACCCAGUGACAGUAACAUUCUCAGAAGAACAAGAAGACAGAAGAAUAAUGGCUUCAAGACCCAUUGUUCCACAACAAAUCAGAGAUGAGGCAGUCGUAAAAGGGGGAGCAGUUAAACCACAGAGGAAAACCGGUGCGGCUGCUGAUGGGAGAAAUCGCCGAGCACUUGGUGAUAUAGGCAAUCUCGUGACUGAUCCAGGAGUCGAUGGCAAGCCGCACCCUCAGGUUACUCGUCCCGUCACCAGGAGCUUUUGUGCCCAAUUACUUGCCAAGGCACAAGCUGCAGCAGCUGCGGAGAAUAACAAGAAACAAGUUUGUGUUAAUGUGGACAAAGCGCCUAUUCUUGUUGAGGGACUUCCGGUGGGUAAAAAACCAGUGGCCGCAAAGGCCGCUCAAAAGAAAGUCUCUGUCAAACCAAAGCCCCAGGAGGUGAUUGAGAUUAGUCCGGAUACAGAAGAACAGGUUAAGGCUAAUAAGAAGCAAGGAAAGGCUCUUGUAAACACCAAAAAGGAGAAAGAUGGGUUAUCCAAGAAGACUCUGAGUUCGGUACUUACUGCUCGAAGCAAAGCCGCUUGUGGUCUGGCUAACAAGCCAAAGGAAGAGAUCAUUGAUAUUGAUGCAAAAGAUGCUAACAAUGAUUUGGCUGGAGUUGAAUAUGUUGAGGACAUCUAUAAGUUCUACAAACUAGUAGAGAAUGAAAACAGGCCACACAGUUAUAUGCAUUCACAGACUGAAAUUAAUGAUAAAAUGAGAGCCAUAUUGGUGGAUUGGUUGAUCGAUGUUCAUCAAAAGUUUGAGCUUUCUCCUGAGACUCUUUAUUUAACCAUCAAUAUAAUUGAUCGGUUUCUUGCUGUGAAGAAUGUCCCUAGAAGGGAACUACAGUUGCUAGGCAUGGGGGCCAUGCUUAUAGCCUCUAAGUAUGAAGAAAUCUGGGCACCAGAGGUCAAUGAUUUGGUCUGCAUUUCAGAUAGAGCCUACUCUCACCAACAGGUUUUGCUUAUGGAGAAAACAAUAUUGGGAAAACUUGAGUGGACUUUGACAGUGCCAACACAUUAUGUAUUUCUCACUCGAUUCAUCAAGGCAUCAAUUCCCGAUCAGCAAAUGGAGAACAUGGUUUAUUUUCUUGCUGAGUUGGGGUUAAUGAAUUAUGACACCUUAAUCUUCUGCCCAUCAAUGGUUGCGGCUUCAGCAGUUUAUGCUGCUCGUUGGACACUAAACAAGAGUCCUAUUUGGACAGAGACACUUAAACUUCAUACUGGUUUCUCAAAAGCACAACUUAUGGAUUGUGCUAAGCUACUCGUGCAUUAUCACUCUAAAGCUGCAAAAGACAAACUUCAAGUUGUAUACCAAAAGUACUCAAAUCCUCAACGAGAGAGUGUUGCACUUCUUCCACCGGCAAAAGAUCUCUUAAUCGGUGACACUUCAACCAUUGUAGCGAAGAACACAGUUUAAUUCAGUACUUUACUGGAAUUCAGUUUAAGAAGUUUAUGUUGGUCACACUUCUUAGUGAAUGCUAUUGCAACUGUAUAUAACUACUACAAAGUUGCAUGAUUGAUUUUUUUUUUUGAAAAGAGUUUCGUUGUUCAAAGGAUGAUUAAAUUUAAUGAUUGAGAUAUAACAGGUACUGUCAAUCUUAUGACAAAAUAUAUUAAUUGAUUUGCAAAA